ACCCUGUUAGCUGCAUACAUUUACUCCAUACAGCAGGAACCAGGAAAACAGCAUGUAGUUCCUCCAUAGGCUUUUCUGUUAGAAUAUGGCGCCAUCUGGUGGAAGAGUGUAAAAACUACAAUUUUCAGUCUGAAUUCCAGAAUAAAAACCCAGUAACAUAAAAUGUCUGGUUUUAUGCUGUAAUGACAGAAAAGACAUUUUAAAGUCCCUGUUAGUGUUCACAGUAUAUAAUUAAUGUUUUAUAGGAACUGAGGUUGAGAUUCUAAAAGAAAUGAAACAUAAACCCCUGAGGAAACAUUUAUGCUGUAAGCAGAGAAUCAGAGCUGAUUAAAAAGCUUUUCCGUGUCUUAAAAAAGGCGGUUGCUAACGAGUGUCUAAAUGAGACUACAGAGGUUGUCGGGGACGUUAACAUGAAAACCCAUCUACUCACCAGUCCACCUUUACAGCCUCGUUGUGUUUCUACUCACGCUCUUUCAAACUCUCACUAACUUUCUAAGAAGAAAGGCUUUUGUAGAAGAGCUCAGAGCUAAAUGAAAUGACCAGUUGGAAGCUUAGUGGUGGAGACGUUGACGUCAUGUGACUGUGGUGUAGUUGGUUUAUAGCCUAACAUUAGCUUCUUACUUCUGGAGGUUGGAUUUAGGCUUCAAACAUCAGAACAGUGGUGUUCAUCUGUGAAGAUUAUCUGAUCAACUAAAGAAGAAACUGACUUUAUUAAAGUCAGAAUUGUUUAAAAAUGCCUGUCUGUGUCCGCAGGGGAUAAAGGUCAACAGACUGUGGCCCCGGGGCCUCACGUGUUCGUCCUUCCUGCAGCCGGAGUCCGCGAACAACGCGACCCAGCGCGAACACCCGGAGCGAAGCGAAGCAGCGAAGCCGGCAGGAACAGCUUCAAACCGGUUUGUGUGCCUCGAAAGCCUCCGCUGCUGCUGCUGCUGCUUCCUGUAGCGGUUCACUCAUUCACACGAGCAGCAGGAUGGCGGAGCUGGAGACGGUCCUGCCGUGAAAACACCGGGGAGAGGAGGCGAAGAUGGACGGAGUUUGAGAUUUGUUCGGCGGCGGCAGCAGGGAGGAGGGAGCGCGGCGCACCGAGCGACCUGAGGGAGCCCGCAGAGUGUGGGGCUUGUUUCCUCAUCCCACCAUGUCCCCACCGGCGACCCGGCCCCUGGCCCUGGACGGCGGGUGGGGCUGGGCAGUCGUAGCGUCGGGUUUCCUGGCUCUGCUGCUGGGGUAUGGCUCUCCUCAGUCGGUGGGGAUCCUCUACCCAGAGUGGCUGCUCGCCUUCGGGGAAGGGAAGGCCACGACGGCCUGGGUGGGCUCGCUGGUGGCCGGAGUCGGACUCGUUGUGGGUCCUGUCUGCAGUGUCUGUGUGGUGAACUUCGGCGCUCGGCUCACCGUCUUCAGCGGGGUGAUGGUGGCCGGGGGUUUGAUGCUCAGCUCCUUUGCUCCCAACGUCCCCUUCCUAAUCUUCUCCUACGGCAUCGUGGUCGGUGUCGGAGUCGGUCUGCUGUACGCUGCCACCAUCACCAUCACCUGUCUGUACUUUGACAAGAGGAGAGGUCUGGCUCUGGGAAUCAUUAACACAGGUACGAGUGUGGGCGGUUUCCUGUACGCCAUGCUGCAGAGCGAGCUCAUCGAGCUGUUGGGUCUGGACGGCUGCCUGCUCGUCAUCGGCGCGUUGGCGCUGAACGUGGUGGCGUGUGCUGGCCCCAUGCGACCUUUAACCCCACCCAGAUACUACCUCAAGCAGCGAGCCGCCGUCUUAGAACAGCAGCGGCUUCAGGAGGAAGAGCUGUCCAAUCAGAAGCCUUUAGCCAAAGAUCCGGUUAUUGCCAUGGAAACCAAGGAGCCGCUGGUCAGGAGGAGGAGGUUAUUCAGCUGUUCGGCCUUCGUCAAGAUGAUUAAGAUCAAGAUGAGACAGUAUGUCCGGUGUUUGUCAUCCAUGUUGUCUCUCCUUCAGGACAGAGUCCUCGUGGCUUUGUGCAUCUCUCUCUUCUUCUACAGUCUCGGUAACUCCCCUCCCCAGCUCUUCCUGGAGGACCUGGCCCGGAGCUCCGGGCUGACCGAGGGCAUCGCCUCCAUCUCCCUUGUCUCCCUCAGCUCCAUCGGAGGCGGCGUGGGUAAACUGGGUCUGGGCAUCAUGGCCGACGUGCCACAGGUCAACAGUGUUCUCCUGUACGCUCUGACGGUUGGAGUGAGCGGGCUGGCAGUGCUGCUCAUCCCCCUCACCAGCUCGUACCUGGACCUCCAGGUGUUGUCGGUAGUCCUGGGCUUCCUGGGCGGGAACUGGACUCUGACUCCGUACGUCACCAGCCAGGUGGUUGGCGCAGAAAAACUCGCCGAGGCGCACGGGAUACUCCUGUUCUUCGGAGGUGCCGGCUUGAUGCUGGGUCCCCCUGUCGUAGGUUGUUUCUACGACUUCUGUCAAUCGUACGACGUUGCCUUCUUCAUCAGCGGGGGUGGCAUGAUGCUCAGCAGCGUCGUCCUCAUCCUUACUGCCAUUCUACCGCGACCGCAGACCCUCCCCCUGCUGCUUCAGGCGCCGAAGGGGCCGAGCUCAUCAGCUGUACAGUUACCACGGUAACAGAAACUACCCUUCCUGACGUGACAAACAAAUCUGGAUCCAAAUGCAAGUUUUUAAAUCUGAGUUCUGAGUGACUUUGCACUCGAUGUUUACAAGAAGGGCUGAUUUUAAUCAAAUCAAACUUUAUUUUUCAAGCUUUUUUAUUCUUUUAUAUAAAAAUUUAACUGUCAGACUUGAUGAAAUGUCAGAUGAGCAGCUUCACAGAGUUCAAUUCGUCUUCCUUCCACCACUGUAAACCCAGGCGCUAGUUUUGUGCUGGUGCUGGUUCGGAGUUGGUUCAACUUGUGAACCCUCUAAGAAACAGUUUCAUCUCGUUACAGGUUUUUCUCCUGGCUAAUCCAGCACCCUGUUUACGUGUCUUAAAAAAGGCGGUUGCUAACGAGUGUCUAAAUGAGACUACAGAGGUUGUCAGGGACGUUAACAUAAAAACCCAUCUACUCACCA